UUCUGCUCGAGAAGCUCUAGAUUGUUUUUUUGAUGAGUUUAGAAGAUGUCUGGGACAUGAUGUCGAAUCUGAAGUAUCGUCAGGCAGUGCAAUAAUUGCUGACGAAGCCAUUAUAUUGAUGGGAGUGAAAAGCCUAUUGGAGGAUAUGUGCAAUACAUCGAGUCGUUUAUAUAAAAUUUAUAGCGAAAACUACCAAUGUCUGCAAGACGUCUUGAAUGGCACUGAACUGCUGGACAUGUGUGGUCUUCAAGCAGCCAUGUGGUACCAAAGAUACAAAGACGGUAUAUCUAGAGGCAGUGACAAAAGUGAUUUUAAAUGCUUACUUGAAGCCACUGUCUUAGGAUGUAUAUCAGAAAAUGUUACGACUAGAUGUGGAGAUGAAGCUGGAUUCUUUGUGGUUGAAGAAGUGCACCGCAACAAAUUUUUAAAACUCGCGUCAUGUACUCCUCAGCAAAUUCUCCAACUCCAAAACAGCUAUCUGUUCUCACUGAACCUGGAAUCAAGUAGACGAAGGAUCUAUCAACGGGCUUUCGAUUUAUGAAGAAAAAGAAAAUGAUCACAGUAUAAAAUACUACUUUUCUUCAUUGUAAAUUGCGUUUGGUACAUUAAAAUGCCCACAAACAUGUUUACCAAUAAAUUUUUUUGCAAUUUGCUUGCAAUGUUUAUAUGGUACCAGUAACACUAUGAGGAAAAUCAAGAGGAAGUCUCAACUGUUUUUCAAUUGGAAACCAGAAAAAAUUUCAAGGCGAAAUCUCGCUGGUACGUAAUACUUGUAAUUACCUCAUGCAGAGCAGAUUUCAUUAGAGUAGAGGUAUCUAACUUUUUGCCCACAAGUAAGGAGUGAAACACGACAAUUUUUGAAGUGACAGGUUGAUAACAGAUGUUUAGCGUUAGUUUAUAUUUUGACAAUUGUAGGAUUCUAUUGUGGGACAUUACUUUGACAAUUGUACGAUUCAAAACUAGGACUAACACUAAUGAAUAACAAACUAUAUGUUGUUAAAGCACCAAAUACUACCAUGAUGUAACCACGAUUUAUAUUAAGAAUGUUGCAAGCAGAUAUAUGUAAACUCUUUUUUCUCUUGA